AUGUCAGACGACGUGAUGGACGGUACGCUUGGGCCGCUACUCGGCGUUGAAGACUGGAUAGAAUCUUUACGUCACAGAAGCGAGCCCAAUUAUCACGCUCAAAGCGGACAAUAUGCGGACGAAGCGUCGAUCCUGUUGAAGGGGAGGGGGAAUGGAGGCGUUACGUUAGGUAGGGGCCACAGCAGAAGGUCUAUCCGUAAAAGUCAACUACUUCCUCCUGCCGCCGACAUGUGCGAGGAACAUAAGGAUACAGAGGAACAUGCAUCUGCACAAUUGGACAAUUUGGGUUGUAACAAGCUCGAUGAGUGUAUUUCAUCGAAUGAAAUAGACUUCGAUUCACCACUACGCCCACUAUCUGAAGGUGAUGGUCGAUCUCCCUUGGUUGCAGACGAUGGACAUGACACUGCGUCGGAAAAGGCGGAAUCAAAAUCCUUAGAAAUGGGACCCAUCGCUUCAAAUGCGUCAGAAUCCAGAGCUCCGGGUUACACAUUCGGACUGCAGGGCCCGAAUAGUGAUACCACCACAUCGAACCAUGUCGCUACGUUCGUUGAAGUGGGUGAUAAGAUGAACAAGCUUUACCCUUGGGACGCAUUAGAUCGGGAUGUUCUUAUUUCCGCACGAAAUCGUGGCCUUGAACCCACCACUCUUGGACACGUUCUCAAGAGACGCAACAAGCUUUGGGCCCAGAUACAAUGUAUCCACAAGAGUGCGAGGGCGGAUUAUGAAAAACAUCUGCGUCUAUAUCAGCGGCAAUUUGAGACAUAUAGCAAGUCUGGUGAUGGAUGGGUAAACGUGAACGACGAUCGCAAGUCAGACCCCAUAUUUUUGCGCCAAUCCACUUACCUGACAGGUGCACAUAACGUGAAAAAGGUGAUGCGACAGGUGUCCACUGAUGUGUCGAUGAGUGGUGCUGAUAGUUCAGAAGUGGGGAAUGCGAAACCUACCAGUAGGAGCUCGUCACGUCGGAAAUCCAAUGUUGUGAGGGGUGUAUACGACUGGAACAACGUGAUAUUUUGCCCCAACAUAUUUGAUUCCAGUGACCUCAUACAUCGACAUGCACGUCGCACAGUUCGUCUUUAUAGGAAUUUAUACGACUGCCUGAUCCAUGGAUGGGUGCAUCCAGGUCUGGUCGUAUGUGAGGUUAAGGACGCCACACACCCCAUUCGUUUUGCAACACCCCCGGAACAGGACUGCUACACUGUGGUGUACGCGGGUCCAAGUAUCCCUGAGAAUUCGACGCAGCGAGUUGUAUUCGGGGAGUACACCGGUGUGGUGUACAGGGAAGGAUCCCUAUCAGACUCCGUGUUUGAGUAUGCAUUUGAGCUCAACUUUGCACCGUGUGCCUGGAUAAAUGCGGAAGUUGAGAUUUCAGAAGACGCAGCUGAAAUAGGACAGAAUGGCGACCAGGUUUUGCUGCCCACCAGCGCGAAGUUCGUACUGGACAGCAGCCACGCCUGUAAUGAGUUGAGUUUAGUGAACCACUACCAAUCCGUGAAGGCAUACGGUGGUGAAAAAUGGGUAGCUCCGAACUGUGAGUGGCAGCAGAUCUUUCUUGACGGCUGGCCGCACGUGGUGCUCACGUCCAAGUUGGGUGUGGCCGUCAAUCCCGGUGACGAGCUCGUUGCUGACUUCGGAGCGUUAUGGUUUUCGAAAGUUGAGGAGAAUGCGCAUAAGUUCAUUCGUAAUGAAGUAAUAGAAUAUCGACUUGGAAAGGCAAACGGCACCCAAAUUCAUAAUCAAUUGGAAGUACCGCAACGCCCUCUUUCCAGUAUUGACGUCGGUUUAGUCUCCAAUUCUAUCGCUACGUCAACUCCGGUGUGUGCCAUAUGUCAUGAUUCCGGUGAUGAAAAUGGUGACCGUUCGAGUUCUGAAGAAUCAGAUUCGGUGUCAUGCGACGGGUGCGACCGCUUCUUCCACAUGACCUGCUUAAGGAACAUCAAUUUGGUUUCCGCCGUCCAAUUGGUUAAGGACGGUAUAGGCCACGCAUGGUUGCCUACAACGACGUACAAGGGAAUUCCGCAAGGAUCAGGGAAGUUUUUCUGCAAUUUUUGCCGACAUCUUGCGAAGAAAAUAUAUAUGCAUGACACUGGUUGCGACUACAUGCCGCUUUCCAGGGGUGUGAACGUUAACACACAUGGUCGGUUUCAUGACACUUUCGAUUUGAAGAAGUAUUGCCAACGUGCUGUCCCUGCUGAUAAUAGCGAUGUAAACCGUCGAGAUGAAACAUGUGAGACACGUCUACCGAAUGCACAUGGUCUUAUGUAUGAGAACAAUGACGAUGCAGUGCGCACCGCUGUCUGCGAUAAAUCAUCUCUAGGGGAGGGCGAUAUUGCUACGUCGUGUGAACGCCCGAUGAGUGACGUAAUCAUUGACAGCACAGCAACGAAAGAUGCGGCCGUGAGCCCAUCUAUUGCUUCGAGUAAACCCCAAACCGCUGAAGAAAGUCACAUACGCAAUGUAGGACCAAAGCUUUUGAUGAGGCCACUCAAAACACCGUCGAUGCAUGAUUUUGCCAUUGCUAGUCAGUGCAAGCUGCAGUUGCAAAGUCGCAAUAUUCCUGCGUUCAAAGAUAACGGAUCGCCUGUAACUUCAACAGAGAUUUACACAUCAGAUAUGCGGGGUACAUUCGAAGAGCGACCUGAUCCCGAAUCCAUCAGGCAGCAUCGUGUCUCGGGUGUCAGUGAGGGUGCUACGACGGGACUAAAGACAGUAGACAAGUGCACGGAAAAUGUCUUGUAUUCACCUCCAGUGAACGAAAUGAUCCGAUGUCCAACGUGCUUCAGGCAUUUCGGACCUUCGGAAAAGAUGGCGACGGUAGUGUCUGUAGAAGACGACACAUCCCGACCCGUGCAACCGUCAUCAGCAUCUGGAUGCGGAGAUAGCGAUGUAUCGCGCCUGAAAGCGAAUCAUGAUUCUGGCCAUGGUUCGAAUUCUGGUGAUGCUUCAAACGUUCUUCCACUGGCGGGAGGAACAGUGGACACUGAGGCCGUAUCGAACACUGGAUCUCACUCUGCCCUUGACGUUUCUGAGACGGAGGCGGCUCCGGGUGCCGGGACAUUGGAAGCAGAACUUACAAACAAUGGAGCACCUACGAACGCUUCCAUAGGUUCACUGCACCAGAGUUGCUAUCCCGAUGCGGCGCCUUUUGCACGGGGGCUGGAGCGCCAUUCUGAAAAGGCCGAUAUCGUCAAACCAUCCACUGAUUACCCAAGCACAUUGGAUGUGGAUAUGCCCGUUAGCGAUAGUAUUUUAAACCAAAAGGAUACGGCAACGAAUACGGAAAACCCGGAAUGCUCACCUCAGGGUUCGUCGAAAUACGAAGGAGGGGGUUCAAAGACUGACAAGACGGAUGAAUCCGUUCUGAGCCCAAACAGCUCCACUGUAAAUAGUGUCGCAGCAUCUAGUGGUAAAGCUGCUGCGAGAUGCGGGCCACCGCCAGGUGGGUCGCCUGGCCACGUAGGAACGCACAUAACGACGGCCAAUAUCGAUCGAGCGGUGUAUUUUUACAAGACGUUGGGGAAUCAAAUGAAGUUAUCCCCGAUAGCGGCGUUAUCUGAGGUUGACUGUUGUGUUCCGCAAUUUGACGAUACUACAAUGGCGGAUUAUCUGGGGUGCAAGUAUUUAGCUGGUAUGUGGCAAAUUGAACCAUUCGCGCUAUUUGGGGACACUGUACGUGUAUGUGGUGAUUGUUAUGGAAAGUACGGAGCGAAGGCGAAUGUGUACGUUUGUCGCCUACUUAGGCGCCACUUGUCUGGCAAUUUCGACCAUCCGAUGAACACUACGCCGACUCAGAUGCGUGAGCUGGUGUUAAUGGCAUACGAGCAGCACGUGCAGAUGUUGUUAAGGCUUUUGGUGCUUAAAAACGUAGCAAUACAGUUCAUGUGCCGUUUGUGCUGCCACUUUGUGAGUCGUCAACUGUUUCACCAAAAACAUGAUGUAUACCCGCCCCUUCCGUUCCCAUCGCAUUUCAUGGGAGAGGAGUCGGGGCGUCCUGAAGGCCUUCUGGCUAAUCCAUCGGACCUUUUAAGCGGUGUAAGGACGUCUGGCGGUCGUUCUCUGAAGUCUCACCAAAAAAAGGUCUUGCAGUCCCACCUGAGUUCGUUCGUAACGUCGGUCAAGAAUACGGUGUGUAAUCUACCACUUAGCUCUAAAUCUGACCCCGCGCUUAAUUAUGAGCUGUUAAGCGCUAUGGGUGCAUUCAGUGAUGAGUUUUCGCGCCUAGCCAACUGCCAAAACAUUGUGGAUUACCUCAACGAUCUUAUGUCUCACAAGGUUUUGGACGCCGAUAACACCCCCAGCCAACUACAGCAGAUGCUAACAAAGGAUGAAUUGCGGCGAUUUAUUGCGUUCAGGCAUUUGGCAGAACGAUCUCCUGGUCCGUUCAACACGUCCCAGCCGUCACCGGUACGUGUUCGUAAGCGACACCGGGGUCCCACGUUUAUACCUUUGCUUGGAAUCGUACCGGGGAGAUCGUUUAUCUAUCGCCAUUUUAAGGACGGUUAUUACAGAGGAUUGGUAACAGAGUAUGUGGAGGAUUCGGCGCUGGGCAAACAUUCGUUUUUGGUGGCAUACAGCGAUGGUGACGACGAGACGCUGAGCCAAAAGGAUUUGAUCACAGAAAUAAUGGACAAUUUGCACAACAUUGAAAGCGUUCUGACAAACCUUUCGCAGAAUGAUAUGAGGAAUGAGGAAAUUUUGCUGCGGCUGCGUAGUCAAGGUGACCACUGCUUGGGCGCCCUCUGCUCCGAGUUACGGCGCGAGAUGCUGCACAAUUUGAUGCUUCACCAGACAACCGAUGCCAAUAAACGCGCUGAACCAUCGAAGAAGCAUUCUCCGGAUGGAACUCAUAUUGCGCCAGAGACUGCGGUGGUACACCACGAUACCUGCAUGACCCCGAAUGUCGAUACGCAGGCUGUUUAA